GAGUACAUAUGAAUCCUAUUUUAUCAUUUCUGAAUAUGCACAAAUAGAUGCUGAAGCACUGCUUUUCCUUUUCUAAUGGAUGAACUGAAAUCUUGGAAUAAAUAUUGAAGAUUAUCUUCUUCCAAACACAGUUGCAACCAACAACGUCGUUGUCAUUUAGCUUUCUUUCCAACCAAAUGACUGAUUCAAAAACGACCAGUGUGUGGCAAGGAGCAGGCUAGGCUAAUGCCAACGUCUGCAGCCACAAGUAGAGGAAAUUUCCCUUGCCCUACAACCAUACAUUUUCCACAAUGAUUAGGACUUCCUGGACUAUUUAAGUUGCACAAUUUGUGGCCUUAGAAAACAAGUCAGCAUCUUUGACUUGGAACGCCAGUCCUCUUGCCCUUAGCCAUGGUUCCUUCUCCUAUUUGGUUUGGAAUUAGGCCAUCGGGGCGGCUAGAGCAUCCACAUUGUUAGUAGAGAACUCCUACGAAAUGGAAAAGCCAGGCAACUGCAUCUGCAUGCCUUCGCCGUCUUUCUUCGCAGUAAUGCUUCUGCACUUGAUCAAGGUCUUGUCUUCAGGAUGUAAGUUCGUGCACGCAACAGAUACUCUUCUUCCUGGCCAAUCUCUGCAUCGAAGUGGUAACCAGUCCUUACUCUCAAAAUCUGGUGCCUUCAAGCUGGGUUUCAGUUACUCAAGAUUUGGCAUAUGGUACAUGAACUCAUCAACUUGUAGUCCUCUUCUAGUUUGGCAGCCUAAUGCAGUCCAUCCAAUUUUACCUUGGUCCUGGUCAUUUGGACUCUCAGAAGCUGGCGAGCUAUUUCUGACAGAUGACGGUAGCUCACUGGUUUGGUCAUCACUUGAUACAGGGAUUAUGUCCACUUCUCCACCCGCAAUACUUCUUGAUAAUGGAAAUCUCGUGGUCAGAGACCAACUUAAUAUUUCCGUGGUGUUCUGGCAGAGCUUCGACAACCCAGUAGGUACACUGCUACCUGGAGGAUGGCUGGGAUUUAAUAGGAUCACUGACAAGAACGUCUCGCUAAUUUCCGGUCCUUCUUUUGGUUUGUAUUUUGAACAGUCUAUUCUUGAGAUAAAUACAAAGCAAAUUAGAGGGUUUAUGGUCCGGCAUAUUUCUAACACGUACGACAACCACUCCCAUGAAAAUUAUUCUGAUGCUUUUCCCAGCUGGAUGGGCAUUCGUGAAGAUGGAGACUCUUUUCUGCUGCUCAAUGAUGAACAUCUAUAUGUACAAUUGGAUGACAAUGGUACUGUCAGUGCUGCUAAACUAGGGGAUUGUGGUUCUGUGAUGCCGCCUGCUUCUCUGGAUUGUGGUUUAGACUGUGGCACUGACAGCAUUUGUGUUAUUCCAUAUGACAACACCCAGUCGUAUUGUUUGAGAGUUGGUGCUCCACACUGUCUAUCUAAUUCUUCCGCUAAAGAAGACGUUUAUUUCUAUCCGAUAGAUGAUGUACUCUACGUAUUUCCAAGAAGUCCUUUCCAAAUGGAAGACACAGGCAGCAGAGAGUGCGAAGAUAUAUGUUUAAGUAACUGUUCCUGUACUACAUAUGCUUACCUCCCUGGCGGAAUAUGCUCACUAUGGUUCUGGGAACUGCCCAAAGUUGUGACAGUGUCUUCUGAUCAACGCAGCUAUAGUUUGUAUGUGAAUAUGGCUAAGCAAGAAAAUUCAAAACCCCAUUCGAAUCCCCGGAUUGAAAUUAUUGUUCUACCAGUGAUAGGUGUCCUGACCCUCAUGCUUGUUAGUCUGGUGCUUUGGUGGAGAAGCAAAACAAAGUUAUUCAUAAAAAGACACGUGAACUCCAGUAAUGGCCUUACGAUCUUCUCAAAUGCGCAGAUAAAAAAAGCAACACGAAAUUUCUAUGAAAAACUUGGAGAAGGAGGUUUCGGCUGUGUUUACAAGGGGACAUUGCCAGGAAACUCUGUGGUGGCUGUCAAAAAGCUAAAAGACCUUGGACAGGGGGAGAAGCAAUUCCGAGCGGAAGUGCAGACCAUUGGAAUGAUUCAACACAUCAAUCUUGUCCGUUUAUUUGGAUACUGUGCUGAGGGAAGUAAAAGGUUGCUAGCAUACGAGUACAUGGAGAAUGGAUCUUUGAACUCUCAUCUUUUUUCAAAGAGUUCUGUAAAAUUGAUCUGGGAGAUCCGGUACCGUAUAGCACUUGGAACAGCAAGAGGCUUGGCUUAUCUGCAUGAAGGAUGCAAGGAUUGCAUCAUACACUGUGACAUGAAGCCGGACAAUGUACUCCUUGAUGCGGAUUUCUGUCCUAAAAUUGCAGACUUUGGUAUGGCUAAACUUCUCGGCCGAGAUUUCAGCAGGGCACUGACGACAAUGAGGGGGACCAUUGGAUAUCUUGCACCGGAGUGGAUCUCAGGUCUUCCGAUCACACGUAAGUCGGAUGUUUACAGCUAUGGGAUGAUGCUUCUUGAAAUCAUAUCAGGGCAAAGGAAUUCAGAGAAAAUUAAGGAGGGGAAAUUUACCUACUUUCCCAUCUUUGCUGCACUGAAGGUGAAUGAGGGGGAUAUUAUGUGCCUGUUGGAUAGUAGGCUGGAGGGCGACACGGACCUGGAACAGCUGGGCCGAGCUUGCAGAGUGGCAUGCUGGUGUAUUCAAGAUGCAGAGGAUCACAGGCCCACAAUGGGGCAAGUUGUUUACAUGCUAGAGGGUGUUCUGGAUGUCGAAAUACCUCCUGUUCCAAGGUCACUGCAGAAUUUUGUUGGUAUGGAGGAUUCCACUUACUCUACAGUCUUGUACAGCCUCUGAAAUAGUAAAGCCCUAUUCCUUCAAGUAUAUUCAAAUGUAUGGCAAAAGUUAAUUAUAAAGAGUUUGUGUCUUUUGCAUUUUCUA